UAGAAGUGAGCCCCUCAUAUGUGCCCCGCGAACACGCUAGGUUAAAGCAUACUCGGGGCCAAGGCCUCUUCGCUCUCUUCCUCCUCCGUCUUCGCCUUCAUAGACGUCUUCGCUCACUAUUAGAAACAGAGCAGACCCUUUAUUGGUAAUGUGCAGGUGCUUCAGCGUCCUCACCUCUUUGGCUGCCAUUCUCUACAUCGCCGUCAACGUCCUCUCCGCCGUCCGUUCCUUCAAGCACGCAUCUGACAUUUUUGAUAGCAUAUUCUACUAUUACGCGGUUAUCAUAGCGGCUUUCGUCGUCCUCGCCGAGACCGAAUGGUCUUUCAUACUCAAUUUCUCCAAGGCUUUGGAGUAUUGGGCCGUCAGGGGGAUGCUGCAGAUCUUGAUUCUGAAGAUGCUAAAAAGUUGGUUAAUCAAGAAAAGUCUUUUGCCUGUGCCGAAAUCCAAAGUGCUAGGUCAGUGGUGCUAAGAAUUGGGGAGGCACUUGAGGAACAAGAAAAAGCUUCCCAAGCUUCUAAACCACAAGUACUAAAAUGUUGUUUGAUUACACGAUUAUAUGUGUAUGACGUGGAUGGACUAAUAGAAGAGGUUCAAGAGGCUAGAAGAAUCAAAUUGUUGCAUCAGCCAAGCAAGAAAAAUUGUGGAAGAUAGAAUUCUAUAGCCAUGGUUGUGGUUUUGUAGCCAUGGCUGUGAGAAUUUGGAGUGAAAUCAGGAGGUUAGAAAGUCGCAGCCAUGGCUGUGGUUUUGCAGCCAUGGCUGUGGAAACCUAGAGUGCAAAAAUUGAGGUUCUAGAGACUUGUAGCCAUGGUUGUGGAUUCCUCAGCUACAACGUUGUAAAUUGCUUAAACAUGAAGGAGUCUCCACAGCCAUGGCUGUGGAUUCAUAGCUGCAGCGGUGGAGCUUAAAUCAACAUGAAGAACUCUCCACAUGCAUGGCUGUGAAUAAACUCUUAAGGAUUGGAUAUGGUGAAACUACUAACUAUUCUAGUUCUUAAAUAUAUAUGUAUUUCACUCUCAUUACUU